AUGUCCACUGAGGCACAAAGAGUUGAUGACAGUCCAAGCACUAGUGGAGGAAGUUCUGAUGGAGACCAGCGUGAAAGUGUUCAGCAAGAACCAGAAAGAGAGCAAGUUCAGCCCAAGAAAAAGGAGGGAAAAAUAUCCAGCAAAACAGCUGCUAAAUUGUCAACUAGUGCUAAAAGAAUUCAGAAGGAACUCGCAGAGAUUACGUUGGACCCUCCUCCCAACUGUAGUGCUGGACCCAAAGGAGACAACAUUUAUGAAUGGAGGUCAACUAUAUUGGGACCCCCAGGAUCUGUCUAUGAAGGAGGGGUGUUCUUUCUUGACAUUACCUUUUCACCAGACUAUCCGUUUAAACCCCCUAAGGUUACUUUCCGGACAAGAAUCUAUCACUGUAAUAUUAACAGCCAGGGCGUCAUCUGUCUGGACAUCCUAAAGGACAACUGGAGUCCAGCCCUGACCAUUUCUAAAGUUCUCCUCUCCAUCUGCUCACUUCUUACCGAUUGCAACCCUGCUGACCCUCUGGUGGGCAGCAUCGCCACACAGUACAUGACCAACAGAGCAGAGCACGACCGGAUGGCCAGACAGUGGACCAAGCGGUAUGCCACAUAGGGGCCUGCUGGCUGCUGCCCCCGCCGGACCUGUGC